AUGUCUGUCUGGAACCCAGACAACAUCCGGGAUGUUGCUGAGUCCGCUGGUCUCACAAACCUCAGCCACGAUGUGACGGAGAACCUCGCUCGCGACGUGGAAUUCCGAGUCGCGCAAGUCCUAGAAGAGGCACUCAAGGCCAUGCGCCAAGGAAAGCGAACGGUUUUGACAACUCAGGAUAUCUCCCUUGCUCUGCGAAACCUCGAUGUCGAACCUCUUUAUGGAUAUGAAUCUCUUCGUCCUCUGCGCUUUGGAGAAGCUUCGCUUGGACCCGGUCAACCGUUAUUCUAUCUUGAAGACGAGGAGGUCGACUUUGAGAAACUGAUCAAUGCCCCUUUGCCUAAAGUUCCCCGCGAGGUUGCUUUCACAGCCCAUUGGCUCGCGGUAGAAGGCGUGCAGCCAUCCAUUCCCCAAAACCCGACCGCCGCAGACUCUCGGAACCUUGAGCUGGUCUCGAAGGGUCCCAAUGCCAACUCCACACUAGCAGCGAUGAGUGGGACAGGUGACGUGGCUGUGAAACCUUUGGUGAAGCAUGUACUCUCUAAAGAGUUGCAGCUGUACUUUGAGAAGGUUUGCAGCGCGUUCCUGGAUGAGAACAGUGAGGACUACCGGACGUCUGGAUAUGCUAGUCUACGGGAGGACCCUGGCCUGCACCAACUGGUCCCAUACUUUGUGCAGUUCAUCGCCGAAAAGGUCACGCACAGUCUGAAGGAUAUCUUCGUCCUGACGCAAGUGAUGCACAUGGCUGAGGCUCUGGUGCAAAACACAUCCCUCUACGUUGACCCAUAUGUCGCAUCCGUGGUGCCCUCCAUUUUGACCUGUCUGAUAGGUCGACAGCUCGGUGGAGCUGCUGACGUGGCCGAGCAGUGUGCUCUUCGGGAUUUGGCUGCUUCACUUUUGGGCCAUAUUGCCAAGAAGUACUCCCACUCCUCUCACAUGCUCAAGCCACGUCUUGUCCGUUCGUGCCUGAAGAGCUUCUUGGACCCCUCCAAGCCUUUCGGUGCCCAUUAUGGCGCUGUCAUUGGCAUGCAAGCUGUGGGUGGGGCCGAGGUGAUUCGUGUACUUAUGCUUCCCAACCUCACUGAAUAUUCCAAGCUGCUCAGUGAUGGACUUGAAGAUUCAGCUCGCCGGCCCGCCGCUGAGCGUGUGCUCAAUGCCAUUCUUGCAGUCCUGGCUUCUCUUCGGGAUAGCCAUGCAUCCCUGGCAAAUGGCCACCCUGAUGUUGUCAAUGAGGAACUUCGCUCUCGAUUGGUCGGUAAGGUCGGUGAUCUAAUUGCUGGCAAAAUUGCCGAGGCCAAUGAGGUGCAGCUGGCCUAUCUGCUUCUCGAAUCAUGA